AUGUCGUCCUCCUUCGACUCCAUCACGGCCGUCUUAGGCGAUGACGACGCGCUACCGCCGGCCCCCUUCGACCCCGCCGUCGACGGACCCGCAGCCGAGGACGGCGGCGGCGGCGGCGAGCAUCAGCAGGGCCUCGGCUUGCACCGCGGCCACCGCUUCGCCGCGUCCUACUCGUCCUUCGGCACCGCCGUCUCGGAGGACGAUCUGGGCGGCGCCUCGGGAGACGGCGGCGGGUACGGCGGCUUCGGCAUGCCGCCGUACCCGUACUCCAACGGCGGCCCCGCUUACGGGUACGCCGACAGCGGCGCGAACGGCGUGGAACAUGUCAUGGGCGCCCAGGACGUGAUGGAUGGCGCGGCGCACGUGGUAGGGGGCAUCGGCGGUGCCGGUGGCAGACUCGAUGAGGACCUGUUCAGUGGCGCGGCCGACGAUGGGGCCGUCCUGCCGCCGCCGGAGGCCAUGAGGGAGGAGGGCAUCCUCCGCCGAGAGUGGCGCCGCCAGAAUGCAUUGAUGCUGGAGGAAAAGGAACGGAAGGAGAGGGAGCGGCGCAACGAGAUCAUCGCAGAAGCAGAGGAGUUCAAGAAGUCCUUCCUUGAUAAGCGCAGGCUCAACUGCGAGAAAAGCCGAACGCAGAACAGAGACAGGGAGAAGCUGUCCAUGGCAAACCAAGAGAGGUUCCACAAGGAGGCAGACCGGCAGUACUGGAAGGCGAUCGCGGAGCUGGUGCCGCACGAGAUCCCGGGGCUGGAGAAGAGGGGCAAGAGGAAGGAGCAGGAGCGCAAGCCGGGCAUCGUGGUGGUGCAGGGUCCCAAGCCCGGCAAGGCCACCGACCUCUCCCGCAUGCGCCAGGUGCUCGUGAAACUCAAGGAGAAGCCACCAACACAAAUGGUGCCGCCUCCACCGCCGGCCAAGGAGGAGGAGAAGAAAGAUGGCAACAAGGACGACAAGAAGGAUGGUAAGCAGGCAGCUGGACCGGCCGAGAAGAAGACUGAUGGCAGUGAUGAGAAGGCUGCCGUGAGCGCCAGUGCUGCUGGAUCUCCACCGGUGGCAGCUGAAACGCCGGCAGACAAGGCACCAGAGCAACCGGUGAAGAAGUGA